AUGUCAGAUGAGCGAGAAGAGGCAGAUGAGCGAGAAGAGGCAGAUGAGCGAGAAGAGGCAGAUGAGGGAGUGUUUGCUCUCCCCUCAUUGAGCAUAGCGUGCUCCAAGCUGAUUUUCUGCAUCCUGCCUGUUGCUCAGAUAGUAGUCGGAGCUGUCUACCAAAAUGACUGCCCGAGGCAGCCCUUCAUCCCCAUCUACUUGGAGGUGAUGGGAGCCUUCAGUCUGCUGUACAUUGGGCUCUCCUACCUGUUCUGCCUCAAUAACCUCAGUCCUUUUGGCAUGGCCCUCAACAUCGUGAACCUUCUGAUCGGCUUGGGCUGGUUCUUCACUGGUAACUGGUGGAUCUACUCAAUCUAUCAACCCAACUACGACAAGACGACAACAGAUUACUGCAACAAGACGCUCUACCUGUUUGCCUUCUGGACCACCAACCUGUUCUACAUCCAAAUUCCUCUGUUUGUAGUCUUCUGCCUCUGCUGCCCCCAUCACCUUCCACAUGUAGUGACAGGCUGUGGCAAUGAAUAACAAUUGGUCUAGUAAUUAUUAAAGCUGUAGGAUAAUAUAUGUGGUAAUUAGGGUUGCAAAUAGGUGGGAAAUAUCAGGUCAAUUUCCUUAAAAUUUUCAUGAAAUUAGGCUGGGGGAUUUUGGAAAUAUUCCAAAUCUAAAACUUUACAUUAUGGAAAUUCAUGGGAAUUCAUAGGAAUUAACUGGAAAUUGGGGGGUAAUUUAAAUUAACUGUAUCAUAUCCAAACAUAAAUAUAAACAUUUUGCAUUGCGAAUCGUCACGAUCGGGCAAUUGAGGACACAUGAGCCUUGAAGGACCGUUGGUUAUCAAUCAUGACACCCAAGUUAAGUGCAGAGCUUGUGGGCUCAAGUUGCAUGGAUCCAAACUGAACACUAAUAGGCUGAUGUAGGGAAGCUCAACUUUCAAUACGUGGCAGUUUUUACUCUUGAUUUUUUCUUUGUAAGUACUCAAAAAGCACCAGCAUUCAAUCCCUAGCCUUAGUUUACUGCAUGCAGAAAAAUAGUUUGAAUGUAGAUGGUCGACUGUUGAUCAACACACAUUGCACCUCAUAAUUUUUCAUGCUCGGCUGUGAUCUGAGACUGUCAUUCUCCUGCUUUUGUCAUUCUCUUUCCCUGCCUUCUUGAUAAUAAUUUUGGUUAUUAUCCAGAAAAAAACAGGGAAAAUGUCUAGAUAUCAGCUCUUAAAAUAAACUCUUAUGAUAUAUUUUUGUUGUUAUCAUUAUAUUUGUCCAAACAAAUGUACCUUUAGUUGCACCAGGCAUUAAAAUG